AUGCAUGAGCACGGACUAGGGCCCAACAGUGCCAUUUCACGACUUCCAGAAAUAAAGCUUUUUGAUAAAGAUGCACGAACUUAUACAUUUGAUCUUUAUUUGGUUGAUAUGGCACGAGUUUAUAAGGAAGGGAAAGAAGACAUGCGGUUGAUUGGUGAAAAUACUGUGAAAGAGAUGUUCCACACUGCAGUGGGACUUCUUUCCGUUAGCUUAGUCUCCAUGGAUAAGACAACAAUAUACGAAGCACUUUUUGAAAAAUCCUCCGUAACAAUUUUCAUCAUUUCGAGAGACGACGAUUGUACUGGACGGUUGAUGGAAACUAACUCUUCAAUAUCUAAAAACAAGAAGAAUCAAAAGGCUGAGGAGAACGUCAAGUUUAUGGCUAAAUUACGAGAGGCUUUCCAUGCUGUUAGUUCAAAAAGUACGGAUGAUGAUGAUGACGCCUAUGAAUCGGGGACAGAGGAGGCUUCUGAUUUCGGUCUUGUCUUCGCUUCCGAUAUCUCUAGUGGAUCUGAUGGGGAAGAAAGUGACGAAGAGGAUAAACAAGAGCUUAGUAAAGGUACUGUUGAAAAUAAAGAUGAUGAUGACAAUGACACUACGGAAGAAUGUUGCGAUGACAAAACCGCCAUUUCCUCGGAAAGUUGCUCCGAAAGGGCGGACGACGAUGAGGACACUGCCAAGAAGUGUUCGCACGGCUACCAUUCAUUUCUGGCCUCGUGUUUAGAAAGGAAGCUGAAAGUGAAAGAAGUGUUUUUGGAUAAGAAUGCCAAAAAUUUGCACAGCAAUGAUCUUCUGCCUUUGCUUGGACCUGAGAAUAGGAUCGCUGCGGUUUGCAACUUUCGUGCCAGAAAAGUUGACAACAAGAAGCGAGUAAUUCACAUCACUUUUUUAUCUGUGAAGAAGCAUCUCCGCAGACUGGGUAUUGGCACACGAAUCAUUGAUAUUAUUAAAACACCUCAGAUGUCGGGUCUCUACGAUGCCAUGGUAGUACAUGCCGACCUAAAUGCGACGGAAUUUUUUGCUCGAAAUGGCUUUUCGGGCGAUCCCUUACUAAACAAGCAGUGGGCGUCUUUUGCCAAUGAAUAUGUCAAUUGUCUUCUAAUGACCUACUUUCCACCACUCUCUUUCGGCUCGCCUAUAACCAGCAGUUCAAAGCUGAUCCAAUCAAUUGAUAAAUCCAUUGACAAGUGGUUAGUUGAUACAGGAAAUGUGCACCAAAUGCAGUACACUCUCUGUAAACGACUUCGUGCCGAAGUUUUGCGACUUCAGAAUCAGCUUUUAGCCCAGGAUAGCCUCGUGCAGGUGCUGAAACGUGAGGUGGUGAAGCAAGCACACAUCAUAGAGGAGCUUCGUCGACGCUUGCAAAAGUGUGGCGGUGAUGCCGAUGCCAGCACCUCGGACCCGGAUACAAUCACAUUCACUAUGCUUCCCCCCCCCCUAGGUCCCGAUGCCCAACUCUCAAUGUGCUUCAAUGGCGUCACUCUCAGGGACUGCGCCGGUGAUAUGGACGUCCCCAGCUUUAGUCCGCCUUAA